AUGUCUUACAAACCCGACAUGGCCAAGACUGAGAAAUUCGAGAAGUCGAAAUUGAAGAAGACAGAAAUGCAAGAGAAAAAUCUGCUGCCUUUAAAGGAAAUGAUCGAACAGGAGAAGCAAGCAGGCAAAUCCUGUUUAACUGUGUAA